AUGGAGCUGGCCGUGCGCGCGGUGCGGAUGGGGAUGCAGUGGUGGAGGCCCACCGCGGCGUCCUCGCUGGACGACCAGAGGUUCGGCGGGCCCGCGGUGGAGAAGCUGGCCGCGGGUGCUCGUUGCCGGCAGCGCGAGCGCCCCGCCCCACGCCAGGGACGUGCAGGCCGUUCUCGACGCCGGCCGCGCGGGCGCCACCCUCUCCGAGGUGUUCGCCGUGCUGGCCGACAUGCAGUGCAGCGUGGUGGACGCCCGCGCGUGGACGCACCGCGGCCGCCUUCCUCCGCGGGGAGGACGCGGAGGCCGACUGCGUGGCGCGCAUCCUUGCCCGCCUCAGCCACCUCCUCCGCGCGCGACAGCGAGGACCCGGGCGCCGUGGCAGCCAUGCCCGCCGCGGGCGUCGCGCACCCCGACCGCCGCCUCCACCAGCUCAUGGCCGCGGACCUCGACCGCACGCUGCUUUUCAGGGCCCAGCGGCGUGUCGGGGCCGGGGCGCGGGGCAGUCGGCGGACGCUGGCGCAUCGGGAGUAA